UUUCGCGGUGCUAGCCCUGUAUCUGCCAUGCAAAACGAGGGAGCUUUAUGAAGGAAUCCGUCUUGUAAAGCCAUUGGUCCUGGUCAUCAGCCUCUACCCAAUGCUUUCGUGAUGCUGCCGCUGAUCUAUUUGGGAAGUUGGCUGGCUGGCGAGGCAGAGCCUCUCCUCAAAGCCUGGCUCCCACGGAAAAUAUGCUCAGUGCAGCCGCGUGCAUGAAUGAAAACGCCGCCGGGCGCUUCUAGUCGGGCAAAAUGCAGCUGACAACUCCGCUCGUCCUGUGCGUUCUGCUGUCCCAGGUGCUGCUGCUAACAUCUGCAGAAGAUUUGGACUGCACGCCUGGAUUCCAGCAGAAAGUGUUCCAUAUAAAUCAGCCAGCUGAAUUCAUCGAGGAUCAGCCGGUUCUAAACUUGACCUUCAGUGACUGUAAGGGAAAUGACAAACUGCGCUAUGAGGUCUCAAACCCUUACUUCAAGGUGAACACUGACGGCGGCUUAGUCUCCCUGAGAAACAUAACUGCAGUGGGCAAAACUCUGUUCGUCCACGCGCGGACUCCCCACGCAGAAGACAUGGCAGAGCUCGUGAUUGUCGGGGGAAAGGACAUCCAGGGCUCCUUGCAGGAUAUAUUUAAAUUUGCAAGAACUUCUCCUGUCCCAAGACAAAAGAGGUCCAUUGUGGUAUCCCCGAUUCUAAUUCCAGAGAAUCAGAGACAGCCCUUCCCACGAGAUGUUGGCAAGGUGGUUGAUAGUGACAGACCUGAAGGUUCCAAGUUCAGGCUCACUGGAAAGGGAGUGGACCAGGAGCCUAAAGGAAUUCUCAGAAUCAACGAGAACACGGGAGUCGUCUCCGUGACCCAGUCCCUGGACAGGGAAACGAUUGCUGUUUAUCAACUAUUUGUGGAGACCACUGAUGUCAAUGGCAAAACUCUUGAGGGACCGGUGCCUCUGGAUGUCAUCGUGAUUGAUCAGAAUGACAACAGGCCCAUCUUUCGGGAAGGCCCCUACGUCGGCCAUGUCAUGGAAGGGUCCCCUACAGGGACUACUGUCAUGCGGAUGACAGCCUUCGACGCAGAUGACCCGGCCACGGACAAUGCCCUCCUGCGGUAUAAUAUCCGUCAGCAGACGCCUGACAAGCCGUCACCUAACAUGUUCUACAUCGAUCCAGAGAAAGGAGACAUUGUCACCGUGGUGUCACCUGCGCUGCUGGACCGGGAGACUCUGGAAAACCCCAAGUAUGAGCUGAUCAUUGAGGCCCAAGAUAUGGCAGGACUGGACGUUGGGUUAACAGGCACAGCCACUGCCACGGUGGUGAUUGAUGACAAAAAUGACCACUCGCCAAAAUUCACCAAGAAAGAGUUUCAAGCCACAGUGGAGGAAGGCACUGUGGGGGUUAUCGUCAACUUGACAGUGGAGGACAAGGAUGACCCCACCACGGGCGCAUGGCGGGCAGCCUACACCAUCAUCAAUGGCAACCCGGGGCAGAGCUUUGAAAUCCACACCAACCCACAGACCAACGAGGGAAUGCUGUCCGUCGUCAAGAUAUUCUGUUUACAAGGACCCAGCGGGCUGGCUGAAUAUUAACCCCAUCAAUGGGACUGUUGACACCACUGCUGUGCUGGACCGGGAGUCUCCCUUCGUCCGAAACAGUGUAUACAUGGCCCUCUUCCUGGCAAUCGACAGUGGUGACCCUCCCGCCACCGGCACGGGGACUUUGCUGAUCACCCUGGAAGAUGUGAACGACAACGCGCCCUUCAUCUACCCCACAGUGGCCGAGGUCUGCGAUGAUGCCAAAAACCUCAGUGUGGUCAUCUUGGGAGCAUCGGACAAGGAUCUCCACCCAAACACAGAUCCCUUCAAGUUUGAAAUUCAUAAGCAAACCGUCCCUGACAAAGUUUGGAAGAUCACCAAGAUCAACAAUACCCACGCCCUGGUGAGCCUUCUGCAGAAUCUGAACAAAGCCAACUACAACCUGCCCAUCAUGGUGACAGAUUCAGGGAAACCACCCAUGACGAACGUCACAGACCUCAGGGUGCAGGUGUGCUCCUGUAAGAACUCCAGAGUGGACUGCAACACGGCAGGCACCCUGCGCUUCAGCCUCACCUCGCUCUUGGUCCUCGUGCUCUGCAAUUUAGUGUGUCUGUGAGAACUCCUGACAUCUGAAGCUUGACUCCCAAGUUUCCAUAGCAACGAGAAAAAAAAGAGGAAAAAAAUCUAUCCAAAUCUGAAGAUUGCCGUUUACAGAUCUCGAACUUCACAACUAGGCCUCAAUUGUUCUGAUUUUCAUUUUCUUUGCAAUUUCACUUAGUCUGUACUUCACCGUUUUGAGAACAUCUUCUUUCCUCCUUUGAUUAAUGGAAUCCUCUGAAUUUUUGCUGAAUGUUUAAAGAUCAUGACAUAUAACUUGACCUUCUGGGAGCAGGAACAAUGACUACUUUUCUGAUGUGUUGACAUGUUGCUAGCCAGUGCUGCACACAUCCAGCUGUGUCUGUGGGUUCGUAUUUGUAUAUGUAUGAGUAUCUGUAUGUGUAUAUACACGGUAUUUAUAUAGAGAGACUAUACAGGAGAAGCCUAGUUUUGAUAUGUCAUUCUUCCUCAAAAGGUUAAGCAGAGAGGGGUAGAACCUAAGACAGCUGAGCCUCCCAGGACCUCAGCAGAAAGCUCAGCACAGUGCAGGCCACAGAGCGGUCACUUUUACCAUGAAGCUCCAUCUCCACCAGCCCAUGUUCAGUCUGAAGGCUGAAUGCUGACCAGCCAGCCAGGCAGGUCCACAGACAGGAGGGCAGAGCGAAGAGUCCUUUGUCUUUAGUAUGCAGACUGCCACCAAUUCCCAUUGCCACCAAACGCUCUGAUCCUGGGCCAGGGUGGUAAUCUGUAGGGCAGGAGAUCUUGCCAUCAAGUACCAAGAAAAGGGCUGAACUAUUCUUUCAUGGGCACCCGUCUACAUUUGUAUGCGUCCUGAAUCCAUAGUCCCACUGGUUCUUAUGGUGACACGGAUCAUGGUAGAGAAUCUCUCCCUCCGCAGUGUAUGCAGGUUGCAGUUGCAGGUGUCAGCUUGGAGGUCGAAUGUACACAUGAAGAAGCCAGCAGGUACCAUCUUGUAUACACAUAUAUACCCACAUGUAUAGACAUACAUUUAUGCACAUACCCACUGUUCGUUUCAUAUAUACAGGCAUAAAAUAGAGUAAAUACAGGUAGUUUUAAAAGUACCCUUUUGUGUGAAUUGACUACCGUUGUUUGCAAACCUGAAAAUAAAACAUGUUCAUGACGUUUGAAAAGUAAUUGAUUUUUACUCUGUGAGCAUGUAAAAGUCAGAGGAAAGUUAGUGCUUGUACUAAGUUUAUCUUCUUGUUGAUAAGCGGUAAGUGAACCAUCAAAGCUCACACCAAAUUUUUCUAUCAAAUAAAACUAGUGACAGCCUGUGGCUUUUUAUUAGAGCUCACCACAAACUAGGGUAAGGUAAGUGUCUUAGCAUAUUUUAAUGCAGUUGCUUACUAAAGGUUUUAACCACACACACACACACACAUGCUUUCUUAUGCAAUCUAUGUUUGCCCUUGUGCUUUUCAGUUGGCCUUCUGUAGGAAGUAGAAGUCAUAUGUUGUCUUUGUUGUAGUGGAAUUAUGCAGAUAGAGUUCCAUAUAUUGUAUUUGUUUCAAUAGUAAAUCUUUUUGGAACAUAUAGAAUGCAGAGAUUUUUUUUCCAUUAAAAUAAAUGGGUAUUGGUGGUUAAAACUG